AUGAUACCUGGCGCUCGACCCAGUCUAACAUGGCGAUCAAAAACAGGAUAUCGCUGCUUCGAUGGUGCCUGUGAUUACGGUAACGAGGUUGAGGCAGGUCAGGGUGUAGCUCGAGCGAUUAAAGAUGGCCUGGUCAAAAGAGAGGAUCUCUUCCUAGUCUCCAAGCUGUGGAACACCUUCCACGACCCCGAACACGUCGAACCAAUUUGCAAGAAGCAGCUAGCGGACUGGGGAAUCGAAUAUUUCGACCUUUACCUGAUUCAUUUCCCAAUCGCGCUGAAAUAUGUUGACCCGUCCGUUCGUUAUCCGCCUGGUUUCACCUAUGAAGGGAACAAACUCGUUCUGAGCAACGCGUCUACCCAGCAGACCUGGUCAGCGAUGGAAACCCUUGUCGACAAAAAGCUCGUUCGUAGCAUUGGAAUCAGCAAUUUCAACGUUCAGCACAUCAUGGAUCUCCUCCGCUACGCACGCAUCCCGCCUGCGACGCUGCAGAUCGAACAUCACCCGUACCUCACCCAGCCAGAUCUGGUCAGGUAUGCCCAAAAAUCAGGCAUCGCGGUGACCGCUUAUUCUUCGUUCGGGCCUCAGGGCUUCAUUGAGUUGGACCUGGAAGCUGCCAAGGGAGUCCCUGUCCUGAUGGAGCACCCUGAUAUAAAAUCUAUCGCUGAGAAGCACGAAAAGACUCCUGCGCAGGUCUUGCUGCGCUGGGCUACUCAGCGCGGAAUUGCUGUUAUCCCAAAGAGCAAUAAUCCCAUGCGAUUGGCGCUGAACCUGGAUGUUAAUAGAUUUGAUUUGACGGAGGAUGAAAUCAAGGCCAUUAGCGGUUUGAAUAGGGGUUUGAGGUUUAACAAUCCUACAAGCGUGAGUGCUUUCUGUUCUCAUUUGGCGUCUUGCAAAUCAAUAGUUGCUGACAUAUUUCACUUUGGGCGCUUCCUACAGUAUGGCUUUGAUCUUCCGAUAUUCGCAUAA